AUGGCAUACGAACAGAUCCCUGCUGCCGACAUCAGGCACAUCAUGUUCAUUGCACAGAAAUACACGCCGAUUGAAAAGGUCGGGGAGGGCUCGUUCAGUGUUGUGUACAAGGCGCUCGACACAGAGUCGGGCAGGCAUGUUGCAAUCAAGGCAAUAACAAAAACAAGCUCACCAGCACGCAUUCUUGAGGAGUUGAUGUUCCUGAAGGCGCUUGGCGGAAAGAAAAACUGCAUGGGGCUGCUCGGGUGCUUCAGACAAGAGGACCAGGUUGUUGCUGUGUCGCCGUACUUCGAGUCGAUCGAUUUCAGGGAGUUCAUCUCUAGCGCCAGCAUCAUGGAUAUCAAGAGGUACAUGUACAAUCUGCUGGUGGCAAUAGAGCAUGUGCACAGCAACAACAUCAUACACAGGGACCUGAAGCCCAGCAACUUUCUGUACAACAGGGAUACUGGGAAGGGGAUGCUGAUAGACUUUGGAUUAGCACAGCACGAGGAGCAGAAGAGCAAGAUCAGGGCCGAGGAGCAGAAGAAGACACAGGCUCCGCAGCUAUUUUUCCACACGGUGGUUUCGAAGGCAAGGCCGCCUGGAUGCUACGAGGGAGACAGCAGACCGCAGAUGAAGGCGGCAAGGGCAGGGACACGUGGGUUCCGUGCGCCAGAGGUGCUGUUCCGGUAUGGGCAGCAGACGAGAGCAAUAGACAUGUGGUCUGCAGGGGUGGUGUUUCUGACUAUGCUGAGUGGGCAGUAUCCGUUUUUCUACUCGAGCGACGACAUUGAUUCGAUGGUGGAGCUGGCAACGAUAUAUGGGCAUGGAGAGAUGCGGAAGGCAGCAAGGUUCUAUGGAAGGACAUGGAGGUCGAAUGUGGAGACAAUACCUGAGGAGCGGGUGCGGUUUGAGACAAUAAUUGAGUGUCUGAAUCCAUGGCCAGAGGUUGGGAGCGACGGAUAUGAUCUUCUGUACAGGAUGCUUGAUCUGUAUGCAACGACGAGGAUUAGUUCAUCUGAUGCGUUGAGGCAUCCGUUCUUCGAUGGGAUGUGA